AUGACGCAGAAUGGUAUAGACGCGGGGGGUGACGAGAUCGUCACUACCUCCCAGACAUUUGCAAACCCCUACGAUAUCGAGAAGGAGAUAUAUGACAAAGAUGGGGCCGGAGCUCCAGAGCUUGCAGAGACAAAAGAAUUGAGACGAGGUCUACAACAGCGUCAUAUUCAAAUGAUUGCACUCGCAGGGACAAUUGGAACAGGUCUUUUCCUGGGUUCUGGAAGAGCCCUGGCUCAGGCCGGGCCCGCAGGUAUAUUUAUGGGAUACACUAUUAUGGGACUUUUGAUUUCAGGUGUUACGCUUUCUAUCGGAGAGCUAAGUGCCCUGGUCCCUCUCAGCGGUGGCGUCAUUCGACCAGCGGCUUACUUUGUGGAUCCUGCAUUCUCUUUUGCCCAGGGCUGGAACGUCACAUAUCAGUACUUAAUCUCGAUCCCAGCCGAGUGCGUCGCUGCAGCUACGAUCGUGCAGUUUUGGGUGACAAUCAAUAAUGCGAUUUGGGUUACGGUUUUUAGCGCUGUUCUCUUCGCUACUAACGCGUUCCUUGUGAAGAUCUACGGCGAGGUGGAAUUUCACCUUGCUCUUUUGAAAGUAUUCUUGAUUGUCGGUAUGAAUAUCAUGGGUAUUGUUAUUACUGCUGGCGGUGGUCCGAACCACGAAACGAUUGGCUUUAGAUAUUGGCACAACCCCGGACCAUUCGUGCAAUAUCUUGACGUCCCAGGUCCAUUGGGCCGCUUUAUGGGAUUUUGGACUGUUUUUUCGAAUGCGGCAUAUGCCUAUUCUUCAGUGGAGACUAUUUCCAUGGCCGCUGCAGAAACGUAUGCCCCCCGAAGAAAUAUCCCAAAGGCGGCCAAAAGAGUAUUUGUCCGUGUUCUUUUGUUUUAUGUCAUCUCGAUUUUCAUGAUUACACUUUUGAUCCCGUCCGACGAUCCUAUGCUCCUAAGGAGCACUGGCACCGCGGCCCAGUCGCCAUUCCUCAUCGCCGCAAAUCGAGCCGGCAUCCCGUGCUUGGAGUUCGGGAAACUCAAGUUUGUCAUUCAACCAAGCGCACUUACAUACCGUGCGCUAAUCAAUUUAGCUUUGUUGAGCGGCUCACGAAUUCUCUUCGGUCUCGCUCGAGAAGGCCAAGCCCCGAAGUUCCUCGCGCGUACCAACCGUUGGGGCGUUCCUUACAUGGGUGUUCUUGCGAUCGGGGUAUGGAUGGCGCUCGGCUACAUGUCGGUUAGUGCCACUGCCGCAAUGGUGUUUACCUGGCUACAGGACCUUGUGGCAUGUGCUCAAAUUAUGGGGUGGCUUGUGAUUUGCACCACUUAUCUGCGGUUCUAUUAUGCCAUGAAAAAGCAAGGUAUUUCGCGCCAAAGACUACCUUGGAAAGCGCCGUUUCAACCAUAUGCGGCAUGGAUAACUUUGGUCGCGCUUAUCAUAAUCCUUCUUACUGGUGGUUAUACGACUUUCAUUCAUGGACAUUGGUCUACUGAAACUUUCAUUUCGGCUUAUCUUGAUAUUGGAAUAUUCGCUGCGCUCUACUUUGGAUACAAGAUAUGGUAUCGAACCAAAAUUGUUUCCUUGGACGAGUCACCAGUGGCUCGUUUCGUGGAGAUUGCAGAGAAUGAUCCUGAUCCUCCGGAGGAACAUAAAUCCGCAUGGUCACAGAUCUUGAAGGACGUUGGUGAAGGUAUCACCGAGGUCCAGAUCAUUCAAUGGUAUGUGGAGGAGGGAGCACAUAUUGAGGAGUGGAAGCCAUUAUGCCAAUAUCAGUCAGAUAAAGCGGUCGAUGAUAUUACGUCGAGAUAUGGAGGUGUCAUUAAGAAGCUUCAUUACGAGGCCGACGACACCAUACCUACAGGAAUGGCGCUCUGCGAUAUCGAGGUCGACGACGCAAAAUACCCUGACGAUCAUCCCCCACCCUCUGAGCUAAAAGCAGACCCAGAACCGACCGAGGCCAUUGCCCAAUCCGGAAUACUAGCAGAAUCAUCCGAGCCUGCAAUUAUGACUCCGGAAGUUACCCUUGAAGAUCCUGCGGAUAUACCAGUGCCGCCUAAGUCAAAGCAUGCAUCCCUUGCAACACCCGCUGUGCGGGGUCUCUUAAAGACGCACGGCGUUAGCAUCCUUGAUAUCACUGGAACAGGCAAGGAAGGGCGCGUUCUCAAAGAAGAUGUUCUUAGAUUCGUGGAAGCUAAAGAAUCUCCUUCUGGGUCUUCAUUGACAUCCACUCCCACCACCUCAUCUACAACACUAGACACACGUCAAACUGAGUCCAGUGUCCGACUGACUCCAAUCCAAUCGGCCAUGUUCAAAACCAUGACCAAAUCCCUCAACACGCCACACCUCCUCUACGCCGACGAGAUUGACGUGGGAGACAUCACAUCAAUCAGAAAGAAGCUCGCAAGCGAUGCCAAAGAUCCCAAGAAGAUCACCUUCCUCCCUUUCAUUGUCAAGGCCGUCUCACUUGCUCUGAACGAGUUCCCCAUCCUCAACGCCCGUGUUGAUACCACCGACCCCGCAAAGCCCAAACUAGUCAUGCGCGCCAAACACAACAUUGGCAUCGCAAUGGACACGCCGAACGGUCUCAUUGUCCCCAACAUCAAAGACGUGGCGAACCGAUCAAUCUACGACAUUGCGGCUGAAAUCGCACGCCUCAGUGCCCUGGGCAAAGAAGGCAAAUUGACCCCCACCGAUCUAAACGGUGGAACCAUCACCGUCUCCAAUAUCGGGAAUAUCGGCGGCACUUAUGUGGCUCCUGUCAUCGUGCCGACGGAGGUUGCUAUCCUUGGCGUUGGACGUACAAGGACCGUACCCGUCUUUGAUGAGCAAGGCCAGGUCGCUCGUGGAGAGCAGGUUAAUUUCAGCUGGAGCGCGGAUCACCGGGUCAUUGAUGGAGCGACGAUGGCGCGUAUGGGAAAUCGGGUGCGGAACUUCAUUGAAGCGCCAGAGUUGAUGCUUCUGACCUUGAGAUGA